CUCCAGGAAUCCGGUUAUGGCCUAAUACAGGAACGUAUUCGAGGAAGCCUCUUUGCGCUUGUGGUGCAAGCUAUACUAUGGAACCAGACCAGAGGCAAAGCCGGUCGACCCGUGCUAUUUGAGCUUCUUACCUUAUACCCGACCCCCGAAAAACUUGCGCAAGCCGAUCCGCAUAAUCUGUUACCUGUCAUUGGGAAACUUGGACUGCAGAAGAUCCGUUCAGAGCGUCUUGUAAAGAUGGCAAAAGUCUGGGUGCGUUCCCCGCCCCAUCCAUCUAGACGUUACGGUAAGCGAAACUAUCCCCAAAAAGGGGAUAAUAUCGAUACUCGCGAUGGAGAGCUUCUUGAUGUUGACGACAUUCGUUCCGGAUGGGAGAUUGCCCAUCUGCCUGGAGUUGGAGCUUACGCUCUGGACAGCUAUAGGAUAUUCUACCGGGAUACAUUGAGAGGGAUAGAACCAGGAGAUGGUCACGAACCGGAAUGGAAGCGUGUUUUGCCGUUAGAUAAGGAUCUCCGUCCAUAUCUUGUAUGGAAGUGGGCACAAGAGGGCUGGAAUUGGGAUCCCAUCACAGGCCAUCGGGAACGGGUGAAAGUCGGAUAG